AAAUGUGGAGGAAAAGAUAAUAAAUAAAGAAAUAAACGACCUUUUAACGGUCAGAUAAGGCAAGAAACAGCUCUUUCCCAAGAUUAUGGCGAGGCUGUUGUCAAGAACAUUCAAAUCACUCAAACCCCAUUCAAAUUCUCGUCCGACCCAUCUUCCCUUUGCAAACCCAACAGAAAAGUCGCGUAAGCCAUCUCAGAUUUUACCCCCAUCAUCAUCGAUCAACCCCUCGUCAUCUGAAUCACCAUCGAUUUCAGGAUCUUCUUCCAGGAAUUCGUGGGCUGUGUAUCUGAUACUCUCUACCAACUCUCCCAUCAAGACUUAUGUUGGUGUCACCAAUAAUUUCUCUCGCCGCUUGAAACAACACAAUGGUGAAGUAAGAGGUGGUGCAAAAGCAUCCCGUGCAGGAAGGCCAUGGAUUUGUGCAUGUCUUAUAAAAGGAUUUCAGGAUAAAAGUAAAGCUUAUGAAUUUGAAUCAAAAUGGAAGAGCUUUUCUAGAAAAUUGCCACGCAAAAGAAGUAGCAAGAAUCUAGAGAAUGCAGACAAUCCACAGAUCUUGCUAUUACAACACAGAUAUGCCUCUCUAAAUCAAGUCAAGGAUGUCAUUGAUUGUAGCCAUUUGGAGAUAGAUUGGCGCUUGGAUCCGAUGUAAUCCAUCAACAGCCUGUGGCUGCAAAUGAAAAGACGGUGGGUGGUGCUGUGAAGUCCUACCAGACGAGGAAUGUCUCUUCCCAGUCCCCGUUGCUGUACAUAACUCUGAAUUUAUCUGAGUACCAUUAGCAAAUGAGUGGCUUGGUCCAGACUGUCUGGUUCACAAACCAGAAAUGGAACAAGAUGGUUUCAUGAUAAUAGGUCGAUCGAUUUGUUCAACUUGUCCGAUGUCCGUUUAAUGUUAUGGUGAGUUAUAAUAAUUGUAGAAGAAUGUACUGAUAGUAAAAAACACAGAAAUGGAACAGGAUGGUUCCAUGAUUAUAGGUCGAUCGGUUGCAUGAUUGAUUAUAAGAGAACUGUUCUUAAA